AUGUGUUCACCAUCCUUUGGGGAAAUGUGAAAACCUCAGCAGUUCCCUUUAGUCAGAACAUCACAAGAAAAGAUGAAAGACGGCUUUUUCCUCUGCUGGUGCCUUGUGUUAUAUCUCCAUGGAUUGGUUUCUAUCCUUCCUUGUGCCUCCAUGAAAAGCCUUUCUGUUGAGGAGGGUGAAGACGUCGUUCUACAACUGGACCUGAAUGACAUCCGUCUCACUUCUGUCACCUGGGGCUAUGAAAAGUUCCUUAUUGCCACCACAAAACCAGGCCAGCCACUGGAGAUGGGAGAUCAUGGCUCUGACUAUACCGGGAGACUGGAUUCUAACUUAAAGGACGGCUCAUUAAUUAUCAAAUCUUUGUCUUCCAAAGACAUGCGGGUUUACCGAGCUGAAUUAUUUAACAGCCAAAAUAAAUACAUCUGUGCACAAAUAUAUGAUCUCAGGAUUAGCGGAAAUGGAGGAUUGUCUGCAAGAAUUGCAGAUUUUAAAGAAUCGUGUAAUGGCACAAAACAAAUAUUUCAGCGCCUUGGGGACACUGUUACUCUACAACUUCCCAGCCGUUCAGGAGUAGCAUUUAUUGUUUGGGAUAUUAAUAACAUCGAUCACCUAGCAACCACUAGGCCGGGUCAGAUAGAGCGUCAAAAUUAUUGCUACUCCGAGAGACUUUUUGUCACGACUGACGGAUCUUUACGGUUGUCCCGAAUAACCGCCAACGAUGAGCGGGUCUUCAGAGCAGAGCUUUAUACCAAUAACUGGGUCCACUGCUGCUCACAGUUUUUUUAAGUAAAGCUACAAAAAAAAAAUUCAACAAUGUCUUCUGUGAUCUAUCAGGCGUUGUCAGGUUGUGUUCUCCUGGUUGCUGUGCUUAUAUUACUCCACCACAUUAGGACGGAGUGUACAGCCAACUGAUGAAGGUUUUUUCCAAGCUGGUCUGAAGAAAAAAUGAAAAAAAAAAAACACACAAAUGAAGUUGUAGUUCAUUUAUGAAAUAUUAAAAAGGAAGCUG